AUGGUAUGUUAUACUGGCUUUAGCAAUUCUGCAAUAUUUUGAAUUAUUUUUGUUCGAAAAUUCACACAUUCAGUAUUCGACGCCAAAACAUGGCGUACGCAUUGCUAGGCAAACGGCAAUUGGAAAAACUAUAUUACAUUUUUAUUGUUUUGAUCUAGAAUUAGUGCAAUUUGGAAAACUUGAGUUCCAGCAACGUUUUUUAAUUAUUUUAAGUAAUUAUUAUGUAUCCUAGCCAAAGUAACGCCAAUAUAGGAGGGGGCCCAAGAGUAAGCCCGAAUGAGGAGCAUCUGCAACAUCAAUCCCCACAGCAUCAGCAACAACAAAAUAUGAAUUAUAAUACGGACCAAACGAAGCAACAAGAUACUGACACUACGUCUCCAUCUCAGCAGCAAAUAAACCCAAAUAAAAAAAUGGCUAAAAAGGCGUACGUUAAAAUUGUGGAACAACCUGCAAGCAAAGCAUUGAGAUUUCGUUAUGAAUGCGAGGGUCGUUCGGCAGGUUCUAUUCCAGGUGUGAAUUCGACGCCGGAAAUGAAAACUUUUCCUACCAUCGAAAUUGUUGGUUAUAAGGGGCGAGCAGUAGUGGUCGUCUCUUGUGUGACCAAGGACGCACCAUACCGUCCUCAUCCUCACAAUUUGGUAGGUAAGGAGGGUUGUAAAAAGGGUGUUUGCACCUUGGAAAUUAACAGCGAUACGAUGCGUGCCGUAUUCGGUAAUUUAGGAAUACAGUGCGUGAAGAAGAAAGACAUUGAAAGUGCCUUAAAAGCAAGAGAAGAUAUUCGUGUUGAUCCUUUUAAAACUGGAUUUUCGCACCGUUUCCAGCCAACUAGUAUAGAUCUAAACUCUGUCAGAUUGUGUUUUCAAGUAUUUUUAAAAGGUGACAUGGGUCGUUUCACAGUACCACUGCCACCUGUAGUCUCAGAGCCAAUUUAUGAUAAAAAGGCCAUGUCGGAUCUCGUUAUUUGUCGCAUUUGUGAGUGUUCGGCCUCAGUCUUAGGGAACACAAGAAUUAUUCUACUCUGUGAGAAAGUAGCUAAAGAGGAUAUUGCGGUGCGAUUUUUUGAAGAGAAGGACGGUGUUACAAUUUGGCAAGCAUAUGGUCAGUUCGAGCACAGUGAUGUUCAUAAACAAACCGCGAUUACAUUCAGGACACCAAAAUAUCAUAACACAAGUAUAACAAUGCCAGUCGAGGUAUUGGUACAAUUGCAAAGACCUUCAGAUGGAGCAGUUAGUGACCCCGCGAGAUUUGAAUAUAAACCAGCGAAGUCGGGUAGGUAUUCCUUAGAAAAUUUGCGUCGUAUGCUCAAACAGCCAGACGAGUGCGUAUUUCAAGAAAUAUUAAAAACAGUUGAUAAUAAAGAAUUAAGUUUUGGAGAGGCUAUAAAUUUGGACACAUCAACUGCAGAGUCGCAUGAAGAGAUAAAGGAUUAUUUGGAUAACUCUAUUACAGUAGAAACCGCAGAAGCCGAUAAACGCCGUAACGAGAAUGAAAUCGAUGCGAUAAUCGAUGAGAAAGUAAGAGAGUUAGAGCAACAGGAACUUAAUAUGGAACCAGUAUAUAAUAAGCAACAGCUUAUUGCAAUAUCGGAGGAGUCCAAAGUGGAAAAUGUUCAACCACAGCUACAAGUUGAACAAGUGGCAAGUUCGCAGUUGGAAGAGAUAAAAUAUACUGGAGCGAAAGAACAGAAGCAACUUUCCGUUAAUGAUAAAAUCAAUGAAUGGAUGAAAAGCAAUGAAUUGCAGGAGAAUGAAGGUUCUCCGCCACCUGAUGGUGCAGCAUCCAUUGCUUCUAUUGACGAGGAUAAAGUUCUUACAGCACUACUGGAUGAAGCUGCUGAAUUAGAUGAAAUUUAUACACGACAUGUGCUUCAACGUGACACAUAUAAAGCUAUGCUCACUGAAAUAAAUGAUAAGAAUUCUGAAAUAGAUGGUCAGAAGAAAUCUAUGGAAGUAGAUGAUAGUUUUGAUGAUGCAGCUACUUAUAGCAGUUUGCAGAGAGCUUUUAAGAACCCUGUCGAUAUUCCAUUGGAUGAUUUGAUGCCACCAACUCCUCCAUCCUCUCAACUUGCUCCAGAAGAUGCACAGUAUGAUCGUAAUGGAACUUUUGCAUUAAGUGCUGAUGCUGCACUGGCUACACUGGAGCAGAUUCCUAUACCACCAUUACAUCAACAGCCAAGUCAGCAGCAAAGAACCAAGCAAACGGUCUCACCACCUCGUCCAUUGCCACCAAAAUAUUUGUCACCACACAUGCACGUGACCGCUGCAGAAGAGGAGAAAUUACCCCCUCUUCCACCAAAACGUAUACGAAAGCAAGAUGGAAUUACUGAAAGCAAUUCGAUUCAAGAUAAUAUCAACGUUGUAUCCGAUUACAGAUCUCGUUCACCAGCUCCGAUUAUAAUAAAAAAGACUCCAGAUCAGUCGCCACUUUCAAAGCGUUUGCCCUCCAAGCCGAUCAACGGCAGUAAUUCAAAUACAUUACCUAAACAAAAGAAAUCAGGAUUUUUCUCCAAGAUUUUUUCGCGACGUAAAAGCAGGCCUGACCUCAAUCAAAGUGGGGACGUAGCCCAAAAUUCCAAGGGCACUACUCCAAAUUUAAGUCGUGAACCAAGUAUUUCCCAAUUUCGAAUGAACGAUCCAAAUCGCGGAUCUGUAAAAUCUCUUCAGCCUAUAUCUUUACCAACAAGCCCCUCUAAAAGUGAAUUUAAUAAGGGAACUAAGUCAAGCCGCCCAGUUGGUCGCAGUGUAAGUAGCGUUUCGGGAAAACGCCCAACACGUUUGACCGCUGAUGUUAUACAUAUACCAUUGAAAGGCGACAGUAUUAAUAGUCUGCCACAAAACGAAGAGUACUCACAUGCCAGUACCGUAACGUUAAGCAAUACACUUGACCGUAAAACUGUUUCAGCCUUACAACUUGCCGAUAUUCCACUAUGUGAGGGAAAUAUGGAACUAGUCGCGAUAGCUGACCGCCAAAGUCUGCGUAACUUAUGCGAAGGGGCUUUCAACGUCCAACUUGAUCCGGAUGUAGAUUUAACAGAAGCAGAACAUUUUGCAUUAUAUACCAGCAUACCGCCCCAAGCAACAACUAGCGAAUUCGACGAAGCUUCCGCGUAUUACGCCGCAGUUGAUGCGGGGGAGAUUUUAACUCCUGAUGAAAUCGCUAGGCGUUUGGCAGCAGCGAACUGCAUCAAUUGAAAUAAAGAACAAUUAGUAAGCUCUUCGGAAGCUAGGGGAUUUCCAUAAUUUAUUUGAUGAAAUUUGAUCAUGGAUCUUACAUUAAUAAUGAAAAUUAAAAUACUACAAGUAUAUCUCGCCGUGAAGUAGUGUCUUUGACUAUCAAUUGAAAACUUUUAAAAAUAUACAUACAUAUAUUGCUGUUUACAAAGAAACUCCUAACGAAUGAUGAAAACACACUGAUGUCAAUACUUACAUAUAAAUGUAUGUGUAUGUAAAGAUUUUGAAAAGAAAACGAUACCACAAAACAAUGUCAACGUAUUUUUCGGCAUUUAGUUUUUGAUAAAAAAAAAUAAAAUAUUACUAUGCAAUCGAUUGAUUUUAUAACAAUACCCUGGUAUUGAAUAUUUGUAAUGUAUCGAUCUGAUACAUAUUUUAUGUAGAGUAUUAUUCAUAUACAUAUGUACAUUGAUAUAUAUGUAUGUGUAAAAAUAUAUACCUACGUACAUACAUGGGUAUAUAUGAUACUGAGAUUGUUUGAUAUACAGAUGAAGUAUGCUCUAAAUUUGGUAAUGUCGGCGUCAAAAAAGCGACCGGAAAAACGUCAAAGUACUUACAUAGAUAUGUAUAUAAAAAUAAGGUAUUGAUGUAUUCAAGUUUCGCCCAAUUUGAACAUAGAUUCAUUUAUUAUAUAACAAUACAAAAUAUGGAUUGGAAUCCCGAUCUAUUUGUAGCUUUUUAUAAAAUCAUAAUAUUAAGCCAGAUGUAUUAGAUUUUAAAAUUACACAUGUAACUGAAUUAUUGACGAAGGACUUAAAAGCGAACUUUGUAUGAAAUUUAUAGAAAAAUAAACCAAGAAAUAACUCUUUUGAUUAUAGGACCAGAGGAAUUGAGACGAAAACGUCAAAGGACUGAUGGCGAUACAAUGCAUUUCUCGACGCAACAACAAAGUGAUCACCCAGGUGGUCGUAAGUGCAUUUUGUCUUUUUAAUUAUAUUUUGAUUAUGAGGUUGAUAACGGUGUUGGUGGUAUUUGGUUACAAUUGGGGUUACAAGAAUUUUUUUGGUUGUGGUAUAUUUUAUAACGAACAUGUUGACUCGAUUGAAUCCAUAACCACACGUAUCACACAUACAUAUGUGUGUUAGUGCCUUUUCACAUAACUAAAAGUCUAAUUCCAUUUACUCACAUUGUAUCGUCAUGUAUCUGUCUUAAAAAAGCUCUUGGAAUAUUGCCCAAUCUUAUACCAGAAACAUUUCACUUUAGCAAUGUACUUGAUCAAUUUGCUAUCAUUUUAUAAAUAAGUAAUAAAUUGUAAUAAAUAUACCAUAAAUGAUUUUAAAAUCCUAAGUAAUUGAAAUAUCAUAACUUCAAAAUGUAAACCGAUUCGAAUUUACAACAUUGCUCCAUUAUGUUUCUGAAAUAUUUAGGACAAUUAGCCGGUGAGUUGGAUUAUUUAAAUAUUGAAAUGCAACGGUCAUGCAAUCACACCGUAGUAGAUAAUAUGUGAUUUACAUUUUCUUAUCCCACAUCUAUUGUGAAUUGAGCAUACGUUAAAGCACUAGCGUAUUUAUGCCAAAUGAAAAUUGAAGUACUAUAUUUCUUGUUUUGGAAAUCCUUUUGUAUUGUAAAAUAUUGGCAUGAUGCUAAAGAUUUGCAAUUUUGGAACAAUACCAAGUAAAAUGUGUUACUCAGAUGACUUACCGCUACAUUAGAAUAUGAAAUUGUAUAGUAGAGAAAUAAUAUAUAAUUCAUACUGAUGAAAGAUUUAAAAUGGUAAAAAAACAAUGAAAUUGAAAGAAAAAAAUAUUUUGAUAAUAAAAGAAUAAAAUUCUAUUAAAAAUCUU